UCAUCAGUCCUCGACCAUACACAGUGGAGGCGCGAGACAAGACGCGUUCAAAUGUCCUCACCUAAUGUUAUUGACACAUGUUUGAAGUGUGCCUUAACCCGUCGUUACGAGGGGGCCGUGUGUUGCCACUGCCAUGACGCAGUCAGUUGUUGUACAAGUUGGCCAGUGUGGCAACCAAGUUGGCUGCAGGUUUUGGGACCUCGCUUUACGAGAACACGCCCAUGUCAAUAAGAAAGGAAUGUAUGACGAGGCCCUCCGUAGCUUUUUUCGAAACGUGGACUCGAGAGAAAGCGAUGGAGGAGCAUGUGCUGUGGGUGGUAGGAUCCAGCAUCUGAAGGCCAGAGCGGUGCUGGUGGACAUGGAAGAGGGAGUGGUCAACGAGAUCCUGCAGGGCCCAUUGAGAGAGAUGUUCGACAGCACUCAGCUCCUCACGGACGUGUCAGGUUCAGGCAACAACUGGGCAGUCGGACACAUGACAUAUGGCUCAGCCUACAGGGAGCAAAUCGUGGACAAGCUGAGGAAGGCAGCGGAACACUGCGACUGUCUGCAGUGCUUCUUUAUUAUUCACUCCAUGGGGGGAGGUACUGGCUCCGGCCUGGGGACCAAGGUCCUGAGCCUGCUUGAGGAGGAGUUUCCUGAGGUGUGUCGCAUCGUCUCCUCCAUCUAUCCGUCAGCGGAGGACGACGUUGUCACAUCGCCCUACAACAGCGUUCUAGCCAUGAGGGAGCUCACCGAGCACGCCGACUGUGUCCUGCCGGUGGAAAACCAAUCGUUGGUGGACAUUGUGAACAAGAUCAAACAGAUGUCUCAUGCAGGGAGGCCAGGGUCAGUGAUCAGGAGAGACAGCACGCUCAUCUCUGGACAGGGCGGGCUCAGCGGGGCCGAGAAGCCCUUCGAUGCCAUGAAUAAUAUUGUGGCUAACUUAUUGCUCAAUAUUACCAGCUCGGCCCGUUUCGACGGCUCUCUCAACAUGGACCUGAACGAGAUCGCCAUGAACCUGGUCCCCUUCCCUCGUCUGCACUACCUGGUUCCCAGCCUCACUCCUCUCUACACGCUGGCCGACGUCAGCGUCCCCACCAGAAGACUGGACCAGAUGUUCAGCGACUCCUUCAGUAAAGACCACCAACUGAUCCGUGCUGACCCCAAGCGCGGCCUCUACCUGGCCUGCGCCCUCAUGGUCAGGGGCAACGUGCAUGUGUCUGACCUCCGCAGGAACAUCGAGAGGAUGAAGCCCUCGCUGCCCUUUGUCUCGUGGAACCAGGAAGGCUGGAAGACGGGCCUGUGUUCGGUGCCUCCUGUUGGUCACUCCCACUCCCUGCUAGCCCUGGCCAACAACACCUGUGUGAUGUCCACGUUCAUGGAGCUGAGGGAACGCUUCACCAAGCUCUACAGAAAGAAGGCUCACCUCCACCACUACCUGCAUGUAGAAGGGAUGGAGCAGAGCAUGUUCUCAGAGGCCGUGGGCUCGCUCAGCUCGCUGAUUGAAGAGUACUACCUUCUGGAUGCAACGAAGGGGAGACUCGUGCCUGACGCACCCAGACUGCGCAUCGCCAGAUGAAAGGCCGCUCUGUUGUAAACCUCUUUGUCCGACUCCUUUUGUGGCAGAUUAGAUUACAUUUUUUGACAUGAUUUAUGACCUGAUCAUAACAACAUCUGCUGUUACAGCUACACGCAAUGGCCAUAUUUCCUUGUUGAUAUUGCACCUAAAUGUUCUGAAGAAAAGGUUCACAAAAGCUUUCAUCAUCACUAGAUAUCUCCAUUUAUUCAUUGAUCCCAGCUACUUUUUUUUUUUUUUUCUUUUUUACUUUUUGAGGCACAUCGACGCUGCUGAGGAGAACCUAAUGACCAGAGUGUGCACAUGUUUCUGUCCUUAGUCUGCAGCAGCAGGGAUCACCCCCUCCCGUGUCCUGAUCAGAUCCGCUACAGAAGUCGCAGGUCAGAAAACAUGUCGCCUGGAUCGUUGCACUUCCUCUGGCACACGCAGGACGUGAUCCACUGCAUCUUCCACUCGGUGUUGGAGCCCGCCUUGCACGUGAAGUUAACCUUGAUCAUGCUCGACUUAUUGGGGACACAGCAGCGCUUGUCCGUACACACGCCGCAGUACAUUGGCUUGAACUUUUUGGUGCUGGUGCAGCCUGAGAGUGUCAGCUUCUCCGCUUUCUUUGCUUGGAAUUUAGGUCGGCAAGUCUUUCCCUUUUGCACCUGAGAGGGGGAUGGAAACUGUCAUGUUUGUGUAUGUAUUGGAUAUUAUAUAUAUAUAUUUGUAUAUAUCAAUGCUUUAAUAUAGAAUUUGACAAAGUAGCCACCUUAACACUCCUCAUCACGCUCUUCUCACACGGCCGCAGCAGACACAGACGUCUGUCCUUCCUCAUCUCGCACUUGCCGUUGUCGUUGUUGACGCGCACAGAGAUGCCCAGGCCGCAGGUUUUGGUGCAUGGGCUCCAGGGGGUGCUCUGGAUCAGACAGUUCUUCUUCCAGGCUAAAGGAGGAUCCCUGUAAGCUUUCAGUAUUACAGUUAAAGGGCACUGUGUCAACAGCAGCCCACGCAGAGAACUAGUCUGUGUGCCACCAUGCUGCCGAGCACUGCAGAGGCCCCAAAUACCUAAUCCUCAUUUUCCUCUUCUCAAAUCAAAAAUUCCUUUUGCUCUACCUUCAUGAGUUAGAAGAAUCAUCCAGAAAAGCACAUUCAGUAUGUGUAUGUGUGUCAGUGAUCAUCCUAACAAUGUGCUCUAUAUCUCCACAAUGAGAAAAUAAAUUUCUGUUUCAAAAAGACA